UCACUUACAAUGAAUGAGCUUAACCAUCAUUUCUGAGGAUGCCCUGUGAAUCAGUGCCUUCCAGUGCAGAUCCUUACAUGAAGAUUUCCAAGAAUUUCAAUGCAGAAGUGACAGCCAUGAGAAGAGAAAAGAGGAAGGGUGGUUGCAUGCAUGCAUUUCCUUUCCUGAGAAAAGUCCACGAAAUCUUAGAUGGUAUUAAAGUAGCUGACAGCAGAGAUUGAGACAGAGACCAACGGGGGAUGGCACAAGGGGGAAUCUACAGGAGGUGCGAAGAACCCGAGAACCUGGAAGUCAACGAGAAAAUGGAAAGCUUCUCAUCAAGAAGAGCAGGUGGUUUCCUGCUGCAACAUUGCAGGUGUGGUUCAAACGAAACAUCCAUAUCCGUCCUUUUCAUUGUGACUGCUGCCUCAUUUCUGCUGUGGACCAUAAUCUCUGCUGUUUUGAUUUCAAAAAAUUUGGAGAUGUCCACGCAACUAGAACAGCUGCGUGCCAGUCAGUCCAUGCUGAUAACAAACGGCUCCAAAAUGGAGAGAGAGCUAGAGAAGAUUCAUUCUAGUCACUCUUCAGCUGAAUCUGAGCUAAGUAAGGCCCUGAAGGCACUGGAUACUAAAUAUGAGGAGUCACAGAAGAAUGGGAUGGAAAAGCUGCGUGAACUAUCUAUAGACAGCACCCGUUCCUUGGCUGAAAUCGAUAAGAUAGAGGAUGCACUAUUGAAGAUUAAUGCUUCAACCUGCCAAGUUUGUCCAAAGGGCUGGUUGUUCAACAAAGGAUCAUGCUACAGUUUUCAAGUAAAGGCUGCACCUUGGUCUCAUGCCAAGAAGUCGUGUGAGGACGAAGGUGCCCAUUUGGUUAUUAUCAAGGAUGAAGAAGAGCAGAGAUUUCUCGGAUCAAACCUAAAACAAAAAAACUACUGGAUUGGUCUCCAUGACAUUGAAACAGAAAACAAAUUUACCUGGGUGGAUGGAAGUACUGCAACUUAUACCAAGUGGAGUGCAGGGGAGCCGAACAAUUAUGGCCAUGGGGAGGACUGUGUCCAGAUGACACCUAGAGGCUGGUGGAAUGAUAUUUCAUGUGGCAACAGCAUAGAAGGCUGGAUCUGUGAAAAGGCAUGGAGCUGCUAGCUGUGUGGCCAGCAGGAAGAGAACUCGACAUGAGCCAAUCAUGACUCCCUCACUCUGCUCUUCAUUCUCACAGACCUUCCAACAGUCACUUCUGGCUAGUGGGUGGGCGUAGCAAUCACCAGUACCAGUUCAUUAAAACUGAGGUGAUGAAAUCCAGCCAGUAUUACAACAGUGAGUCAGCAGAAAGCUAGGACUCUCUGUACAAUUUUUAGCUCUUGUCCAUAACCCACUAGAACUCACUGUCUACCCUGGGAAUAAAAGCUGGGAGAAUAGCUGGGGAUAAAAGCCAGAGUUCUUGUCUUCCGUCCUAGUCCCUCUUCCUUCUAUAUUAACAUGCUAGAUCAACCUAGUUCUCACAUCCACAAAUUCAAAACCUAAUGAAUCAUUCAUUGAAAAGCCCAAUAAUUUAGUAAGUUCUUCUCCCCCCACUCCCCAGCAUAUGAAAAGGAGAGGAUGGUAUCUGAGACUGGGCCUUCUUGGGAGUGGCAUUUCCAGGCAUGAGGGUA